GGUAUAAAUGUUUACAUGUUACAUCAAACUACACUAAGUUUUGCACCGAAUUCGUGGUUCUCGGGACAAAUUUUGUUAUUGGAAGGUCAAGUGUGUGACCGUGGCAAUGGGUGGGGCCAUUCACCUGCUGAGCGAUAUUCAAAGAACACAAUGAGUGCAUCCAAACCCCAGGAAAGUGUUGAGGUGAGAAUCGAACACUCUCUGAAUGAGAAGGAGAAGGAGUUUGUAGCAAAACGGAGAAAAGCUGUUCUAGAAAGCCUGCAGAAGCUUCAGAUACACUGCAGUCAGACUGAAGUGCCAAACAUUGCAUUACUGGGUUCUGGAGGAGGACAAAGAGCCAUGAUGGGAUUGCUGGGAUCCCUGGUUCAGCUCCAGAAAGCAGGUCUUCUGGACUGUGUCCUUUAUCUGAGCGGAGUCUCUGGAUCCACCUGGUGUAUGGCCUCCUUAUAUCAGGAACCAGACUGGUCCACCGAACUAGAGACUGUGAAAGACAAGAUCAUCCAGAGACUCAACGGUCCUGGAGUCAGCUGGACAGAUGCAUUUGACAAACUGAAGAAAUAUUAUGGGAAAGACAUAUUCAGUAUGACUGACGUCUGGGCCGCGAUGUUCGUCACAAAUUUUGUGAAGGAGAGCUCACCGGAGGCAAACAUCAGCUGAUUUAUCAAGACAAAAAACUGAAUCUCACUGAUAAAGAAGCUGCAAAACAGUACAUGAAACAAUACACUGAGGAUGUGUGUAAUGAUUUGAGCCAUUGCUUCUGUUUCCGGCCUUUUGAUAUUUGGAUAAGAAUUUUCAUAUGCAUGGAUCUGUGGAUCUGGGGCAGGAAUUAUAACUUCCUCCACAACAUGAAAGGUGAAGCAGUGCCCUCCACUCUUCUGGAAACUGAGACGAGAGACUAUGAAGACGCUGGACUGUU